UUGGGUGAGCUGUCGGUUUAUUUAUGUAAUUCAAACAAAAAAAAAUACAAUCCGAGCCACAUGGCCUGAAGAUUGACGCGUUUACUGUGACGUUGCGUUUUAGCUCCGCCUUGAGUAUUUCAACUAGGUCGUCUAAGUGACUGUAAAGCCUCUUGUACAAAACCCGAACCCUACACAUUUGACUUUGAGUUAACAUCUGAUCAUCAUGUCUGGUAGAGGCAAAGGCGGUAAAGGACUGGGAAAAGGAGGCGCUAAGCGUCAUCGUAAGGUGUUGCGUGAUAACAUCCAAGGGAUCACUAAACCCGCCAUCCGUCGUCUCGCUCGCCGUGGUGGAGUCAAGCGCAUCUCUGGUCUGAUCUACGAAGAGACUCGCGGCGUUCUCAAGGUGUUCUUGGAGAACGUGAUUCGUGACGCUGUUACCUACACCGAGCAUGCCAAGAGGAAGACCGUGACCGCUAUGGAUGUGGUGUAUGCUCUUAAACGUCAGGGACGCACUCUGUACGGGUUCGGCGGUUAAACUUCUGUUAUCGAUCCUUAAUCCAACGGCUCUUUUAAGAGCCACCCACGAUGUCUCAAAAGAGUUAGUUUUUACUUGUUGCUUUAUAAUGAGUAAUAAAGUGUUUACAGCUUUGUAUGUUAUUGUAACGGUUUUGAAAGUUACAUUGUGUGGAUGUCUUUCACCUUGAAAUUAUUUAUUAAAUGCUCGAAAUCCAGUU